AACGCGGCAAUCUUGCUUUAUCAAGGCGGCGACCAGAGACUUGGCCGAGAACGGGAUUUCCAUGUACUUUUUUAAGGCAAUUCCGUGCCCCUCUCGAUCUUUCCGGCCAUCGUAGCCGUCGAGGGACAGGCGCCAGCUGGCGGCCAAGGGCAAUGUGGCCCAUCUGGUCGCAGCAGGCGCUGCGUUCGAGGUGCUCCACUUCUUGACUUGCCAUCAUGCACCCGACCGAGAGUGCCUCGUACAUGAUGUCACUGCCGCCGCUGCAUGCGUUCCAGCGCCACCACGACACGGACGCAAUGCACUCGACGUCAUUGCCGCCCAUCAAGCUCGCGCCGUCGUACGAGCCGACGCGGCCGAUGAGCAACUUUAGCAUCGAAGUCAUCACCGGUAUGUCGUCGCCACCCGCGUGCAAGAAGCGCAAGAUGGGCAUGUACGACAUCAUGGACGCCGAGCCGACGCAUGCGACGCAUCCGCCGGUGCCGUCGUCGCUCACGAUCUUCCCGUCGCAGCGCCGAGGCUCGAGCCGCCGCCGCCCGGCGACGAUCGCGCGACUCAAGAGCGGCAAGGACAUUUGCGUUGUCGCCCACGACGGCGUCAUUGACUGGCUCGACACGUACUUUAUGUAUGGCUUUGACGCCAACUCGAUCUUUGGGUCGCUCUGCCCCGUCGAGAAGGGCGAGUGGGUCCAAGAAGAGCUCGACUACCUCCGGCAGCUCCUGCAUCUGAUCAAGGCCGGCAAGAUGCGCGUGCCAUUUGGCAAGUCGCUCGACACAUACCUCAGCGACCGCCUCCACUCGGACCUCACGCGCAUGCGCAAGCAGCUGCAGAUGAUGCAAGUGCAGACGGACGUGCCGCGCCUCGCCCACCUCCAUCCCAUGACGGACGACGAAACGAGCGCGCUCAAGGACGUCAAGAUGCGCUUCUUGCUCCACCACCAAGGCAGCGUCGUCGACCAAAUGCAAAAUCAGGCGCUCGACCAGUCGUGGGUCCUCUCGCUCAAGCAAUAGCUGGCGAGAUGGUAUAGAACGUUAGGAUUAGGUAGUUUAGUGUUGUCAACGGAGAGACGCCCGGGAGGUUGGAUCCCGGGCGUCGCCGUGCGUGUAAAUAUACAGUGCUUUGUUUCUUGGA